CACGCAAUGCGUGCGUACAUCCAAUAGGUGCAAAUUAAUAUUUGCGUUUUACUUUGGAUUUUGUUGUUUAGCGAUAUGUGUGCUAGUGUGUAACUUGUUUUGGUGUUUUGUAGUUUGGUUUUGUCGGGAUUCUCACAAACGCAAGGCUAUCAAGGAAAAUAACGCUUCGAAGGCAAUCAUCACGAAGAAUAACACUUCGAAGGCACAUCUUACACAGCCAGUCGACAAAAUGGCUAGGGCUGCGACAACACACGGAAGAAGUGUUUCUACAUCAAGAAGAAUUGCUACUGCUACUACCGCAAUUACCACUACAACUACCUCUAAUACUGCUACUACUACUACUACUACUACUACUACUGCUGCUGCUGCUGCUGCUACCGUUGCUGUUAUUACAAAUGCUACUGUUAUUUCCAUCUCAUUACCCCUUAGGCUUUACUAUAUUGAUAAUGCAUUGUUAACUGACCUAUUUUUGUGACAUUAUUAUGUCAGUAAUAUAUACAGCAAUUGUGUUCCAGAAUGUUCUACCACAAUACUGAUAAACACAGUGCUACAAUUAUUUUAUAAGUCUUGAUUGUUUUUGUUUUUUCUAGACUCGUCUUUUCAGUUUUAGUGAAAAUUCAAAGUUCUGGAACUUUCCAUGACACUUAAAAUAGGAAGCUGUUUGAGGACAGAACCUACAGUAAGAUCUUAAUGAAAAGCGUUCCUGUAUUUCUUAACACCAAAAUAUUACUAGUUUGAACAUUUCACAUUUGAAGGAUUUAUAUUAACACUAUGGAUUUGAAAAUUUAUCUUUGAAUAAAGGAGUUAUAUUCUUUGGAUAUACUUAAUUCAGUUUGGACUGGUGUGAAAUAUUUUGGAAUUUAUACUGACUUGAUUUAAAUUUGACCAAGACAGGAUUUGGACAGAUCUGACAAAUUAGCGAGUGCACGUCUGUUACAAAGGAUUUAUGUGAAGAGUUUGAAUAUGUAGAAUUUGAUGAGGAGACUAGAAGAAGUUUUGAAAAUUAUCUACGUGAAGAAUGUGAGAAUAUUGAAUUUAAUAAAUUCCUAUCAUCUGUGCGGUUAGAUAAACUUCAGGAAAAAAUGACAGAAAUGGGACAUUUACAUGGCUUAAACCAGCAUAUUAAAGAUUCUCUUGACGCUUGGAAGAACUUAGAGCUAAAUGUUGCAGUGACGGGAAAUUCCGGUGUUGGAAAAUCCAGUCUCAUUAAUGCGCUCAGAAAAGUGAAGCCAUCGGAUGAAAAUGCAGCCAAAGUUGGUGUUGUUGAAACAACUACAGAAGGUCAGAAGUACACAUAUCCCGAAAAUCAAAACGUAGCUCUAUGGGACCUACCUGGCACCGGGACACAGAAAUUCACGAGACAAAAAUACUUGGAGAAGAUGAAUUUUUCCCGUUUUGACGUGGUUAUAAUAGUUUUAGCGGGCCGCUUUUUGCAAGAUGACAUAUGGCUGGGGAAAGAACUUUUUGACUUACGGAAGAAUAUCCUGUUUGUGAGAACGAAAAUUGACAUUGACAUGAUGAAUGCGAAGCGAGACCAUCCAGAUGAUUUCAACGAAGCAGACUGCGUGGCGAAAAUCAGAAAUAACUUAACUGACAAUAUUCGUAUUGGUGGUAUACCAGAUUCAGUCAGCGGCAUCUACUUGGUUAGUUCCCCAGAGAAGAAUUCUUAUGAUUUUGCAGAAUUAGAUAAGAAGUUAAAAAGUCUACUGAGUAGUAAUGGAAAAGCAAUAAGGGCAUUGCUACAAAAACCUGUUGAAAAAACAAUAAGAGCAGACCAAAUGUCCAACAAAAAUGAAUUCAAAGCCCGGAAAGUUGUGUCUGCUAUCUAUGGUUUUUUACCUAUACCAAACCUUGAGACUGGACUUGGUAAUAUGUCUGUAUCCUCAAUACGUGAAAUUUGCCUGAAGAAGUUUUGUAUUGAUGAAUCAUCACUUGACAAGAUCUCGGAGGAGGUAGAUAAGCCGAAAGCUGAGCUGAAACAGUCUUUGACAUCGUACGGCACUUUUGACCAAGAGACCUUAUUCACCUCUACGGAGAAUAAAAUAUUGCCAACGGGGUCAACAUUUAGAAAGUAUUCAAAGUAUAUUGUUCCUGUUGCUGGCAUGUUUUUGUCAGCUCACAAGACUUACGUUACCUUGAAAAAUUGUUUGGAAACAAUGUGUGACGAAAUGGCAGAAGGUGAACUUAAACUGGUUAAGAUGAGGCUUGACAGACUGGAGGCAGAGUUGCAACCGCUUUAAAUCAUAUUCAGUAGGUAGGUUUCCAAUUGACUCUAAAGAUAUUGCCGACGUCCUAACCAUACUUCAACCUUAAAUAUCUAAAGACAGACUUACGAUUAAUUGAGUAAAUGAAGCAUGGGAGUGGCCAUCGUUGCUAAUCAGUAAAUAGUUGAUAUCUAAAUUAUCGGAAGUAUAACGAUAUGCAAUGUAGUGAUUUUUUUUCUGUGAGUGAUUAAAGUAUAACCGUGAAAGGUAUCUAGUUUAAUCACUGUAGAUAUUUCACUGACGCAGAACCACACAGUAAAUUUUGGUUGAUAUUCUAAGAAUGUGUAGAAUGUAAUAAAAUAAUUUUCUUACAUGUACUUACAAAAUAAUUACAAAAUCAUUUACUUUCAAAGAUGAUCCUUGAAACAGUAAUGCAUAUGUCAUGAUACAAAUUGCAGCCGCGUUUUUCAUAAUAUUGCACUAUUAUCUUAUAUGACAAUGAUACAAAUUACCGCAGAAUUUUUUUGCAUCUUUUUAAAUCACAAUUUUGGGUCGAUUUAUUUUUCUCUUUUGCUAUACCACUCUGAUGCAUUACUUCUGUUUCUCUUCUACUCAUGCAUAUUUUUGCGUUUCUUUGUUAUAAGAAUUUUUUUAAUCACCAUAAAUAACAAAAGUAAAUACUAACAGCUUAGCAGGUCUCAAUCUCAUUAGAUGCCAGCGUAAAAAGUAUUAAAAAAUUGAUUGGAAAAAGUUUGAAGUUGGAAAUGCCAUUUACUAUUUUUUAUUACUUCGAGACUAAAUGUCGGUAUUAACAAAACAAUAAGUGCUGAAAUAGUUACAUUGUUUUUACGCAACACGUUGGGAUGUUUCGUAAAAUUUUAUAUAAAAUUGGAGGCGUUUUCUUGUUAAGUUAUCAGGUACAACAUGACUGUCAAAAAAAAGAAAUCGGAUGUUAACAGAAAACGUUUAACUUUAUUGUUUAAAUGUAGAUUUUCUAUGAUUUGUUAAUUCAUGUCAGGUUUUGUUCAUACAUUGUAUAUAAUUAUGUUUUACCUUUGAACAUUAUCAUUUAGGACUUGUGCACGUGUUUGUUAAUUUCUUAUUACAACUCAGAUUUGCUAAUUCAGACAAAUGCUACCUUUGAAAAGUUAAAUUGUUGUUUGAAUUGGUUAUUCUUUGCCUCUAAAGUCCGAUCUUUUAGAAGAAAUCAAAAACAGGUAUUAAGCAUUUUUGUGCAAACAUAAAUGCGUCACAUUUUUAUACGAGGGUCAUGCAAAACGUUCUGUCACUGGGUUCGGAUUUCUUUAAAAUAGUAGUAUUCCCCCUUAAACCGAAACACAUUUUUGUAACCUUUUUAAUCUAAUCGCGAAAAGCAGAUAAAAAUCUUAAAAAAGAAUCAGGAAACUAUAAAAAAAGAUGUUGCAGUUUGAAAUUUAAGAAAAUGGUGAACAUGGAGGCAGCCAUUUUGACGUCAUUUACGCACUGCUGAAUUUUCUAUUUAGCAAAUAACAUUUUAAAUAGAUUAAUUUCAUGCAUUUCUUGAGUGAAAGAUUUAAAACUUGGUAAUUUCUCUCAUUAUAGCUGGAAAAAGUUAAGAAAUUAUUUAACAGAGAUAAAUAAAUAUAGUUCAAAUACAUAUCUAAAAUUUAAUAAAUCCGCCAUGUUGUUUUGUGUUGCCAUGAAACAAAACGGCCGCUAUUUUGAUUAUUUUUUAAAUGCUCAUAACUGUCUCCUUUUCAAACCGAUUUUGAAAAUUCGUUCAGUCCUUUAAAUGAGUUAAGAAAUCCUAGAAGAUGGAAUUAACAUGAAAACAGCAAUGCCUUUCCCUUUAUUAACAACCUCGCACUUGUGAGUGGAGAUGUUGUAUAAGAUGGACUCCUGACCAUCCUUUGCUCGGACGUUUCUUAUUAAGACACUUGAACGACUGGCCCACUAGAAUUGCAGAAAAUUGCGUACAGCAUCUUUUUUUCGAACUGAUGGUUCUCUUGGCAUAGGAGCGUUCUUUUAUCUAUUCACUUCCAUUGCUUAUUAUCAGCCCUUCUCUGUGGCUCAAACAUGUGCAACGACCUUCGCCAAGUUAGAAAUAACCCGUCUAUCACAGCCUUUGUAUGUUUUCAAAAGUUCCCGGGCACAUUUAAGACUUUGUUUCUUUUGCUCCUCGGUGAGCAAAUGAGGUACCCACCUAGUGUAAACCUUUCUCAGGUCCAAACGCUUUUUAAGAAUUGUUGGUACACUGCCUUCUGAUAUGCCAGUACAACUGGCUAUAUCUUUCACCGACAAUCGCGCAUCCUGUUCGAACACAUCAUUUAGAGCAGCAAUGUUUGCCUUGGUAACAGAGGUUCUAGGCCUACCUGAUCGGUUAUCAUCUUCAACAGAUAAUUUCACAGCUUUAAAUGCUUUCAACUAUAAUCUCUGCGCAUUGAAAUGGCCUGAGCCACACAAUUCAUCAAAUAUCUGCUUUGAAUCUAUAUGAAGCCUUUGGCGGCAUUUGAUAUAGCUACCAUUUUCAGUCUUUUCGUCCAUUUUUACAAUGUGACAAAUAAAUUGGUCAUGAAAUAACUCGGUCAUUUGAAAAGCAAUUUGCACGAAAUAAACGGAUACCGUUAGCUAUUUGAUACACCAUUCGAGUACAAUGAAGCGUUAAAAAAAACCUGGGAUAAAACUACGGAAGCCCAUUAGUAACAGAACUUUUUGCAGGACCCUAGUAUUUUUAUACGUAAUUUUAAUUGGAGUUUUCUUCUUUUACCCUUAUAAUUUAAGCUAAGCGAGAGUUCCCCAAAUUUACUCUUAUUUAUUGUUUAAAUUGUGGUCACAUUUUUUAAAUCUUAUAUUUCAUCUGUACGAAUUAAAGGUUACAUAUGCAUGAUGUUGCGAUAUGUAAUCUUGCUUUCGUUUCAUACUGAAACUGCUUGCGUACAUUGUAUAAAUUACAAAUGGCGCAAAAGAACAUUAUCGAAAACAAAGCUCAAACCUAUUCAUUUGAAAUAUAUUAAAUUAUGGAUACACAAAAGACGUGUAAAUCCCUGAAAACCAGGGUUUUCAUAUAUUUUCUUUUAAGGAACAGUGACUUUGACCUAACAGUGACCUUAAUCCUAGUGGCCAACAAAAUAAACAAUCCCCUAACCUUUCUUGCCUGAUGAGCUACCUACAUAUAAAGUUCCAUUGCAAUAUCUCAUACCUGGCAAGAGCUUUUUAGCGGAAAGUGUUUUUUUCUGUUUUAGUAUGCCAAUCGUGACUAAAGUUAUGAACUGGAAACCGUUUUCGAUGAUUCCAGCAAAAAAGGAUAAUUAAAAUCUAUUUUCAGUAACUGCGACCUUGACUUUGACUCUAUGGCAUCUAAAUGUAUUUAUUUUACCACCUAAACAGAAAACAAUGUUAGACGUUCAGUGGGAUUUGAAACGCUACCCAUCCGUUCCACAGUACAAAGUGUAACAUUGACCACUGCGCCACGCUGGAAUAUUCUAAGUAUGCUUUUUAAACCAGUUAUACUGACACUGAACCUGACACCCCACUGACCUUAUAUGCAAUCCUAGCCUUGGUUUUUAGGUUGGCAAUUUAUUCGCCAGACUAUUAUAACUACAAAUCGUGAUUCCAUAAAGUUCAGCAGGUGCUGAGACUGACAACAGAAAAUAUAAUUCCAUGCGCAAUUCAAAUAGUUCGCCACGUUUAUCGGUUUUGCCAUAGAGUUGUAUAAAGAUUGUUAAACUUACCUGAUUCAAUAAAUCUAUUUGCUCAAACAUGUUAUAAUAAUAUUUUAUUUUUUUAAACGGUAAAUACUUGAAAGAUAACAUUAGAAAAUAUUACAUAAUGAUGAUAAAUUAAUCUCCGUUAUAGAUUAUGACCCCGGUCUAUAAACAGCUAAUUUAAACAAACGCUGGUUCCGAGAAACAAUUGUCGAAAUGAGUUAUACUGCGCAUUAUUCGACGACCUGACAUAACAUGAAAAAUAAGAAAUAUGAAAUAUCAGUUUGAAUGAACUUAUAGUGGUAUGAGUUAUGUCAGGCCUUAUAUUUGGGACUAAAGUUUUAAGAAUAUAUUCUUUCAGAUCUUUUGCUAUAGGUACUAUAGGUAAUCGCAGCGUGGAAUUGCCACAGUAACGUGAGAAGAAACAAAUGACCACAUUCUACGAGCUGUAAACCUAAAUAGCGUACAUGCUAUAUUUUGCUACUAAAUAAUGUUUACAUUUACAAUAGAAACUAUAAUAUUAUUUGAUUUAACGGCAGUUUUUUUUUUUAUUUUAAUUAUUUUGGCUAUUUUAUACUAAAUUCGUUUUAGAAAUACUCUGACGAAUGCUGAAAGAAUACUCAAACACAAAAGAAAGUGUGCACUCAGUUUUUCGUCAACUGAGCUAGAUUAUGUUGUCCGAAGUAGAUUAUUUUGUCUAAAAGUAUGUCAUGUUUGGUACGAAAAUUAAUUGCAGUUUUUGGUUAAUUUGAUGUGUUUCGAUUAUUUUCAAAAUUUUCACUUGUAUG